CGGUUGUUUGCUGUAAUUGUUUCUUCAGAUGCCUUAUCUUAUCAUAAAUAGAAAGUAAGGAUAGGAAAGUCGUUACAAACGUCAAAGACAGCAUAAUGAACAUGUUCAAUUUAGCAGUUUCAUUGUUGUUGCUUGGUCUCGCUCAGACGGGGGCUGCGGGGACCUGUGGUAUUAAACCACAGUCUUCAAGAAUUGUAGGUGGAAGCAUAUCUAAACCUUAUGCUUGGCCAUGGAUGGUUCAAAUUAUCAACACAAGAUUCUCAGCUAACCAUCACUGGUGCGGAGGUGCACUUAUAUCUCCUGAAUGGCUAGUCACUGCCACGCACUGUGUCAACUACGGAAAGCACAGUGAUUUUGUCUUCACUCUCGCAGAGCAUGACCGAUUCUCCAAUGAAGGUCACGAGCAGGUUUUUAGAGCCAAGAAAGUAAUCGAGAGACUUGAUUAUAACAAGCCAUCUGCCAUUAACAAUGAUAUUGCAUUGGUAAAGCUGGAUAGACCGGCUAUUUUGAGUUCAAGGGUUGGGACAGUCUGCCUGCCUGCACAAGGCUACCAGAUUCCCGUUGGCUCUCGUUGCAUUACAGCAGGAUGGGGUUUGACGUCUGGAGGUGGAAAGCAGUCACGUUACUUAAAAGAAGCCUUGAUGCCUAUUGCUGAUAACAAAGUGUGCCAAAGACAGUAUGGGAGUAUCCCAAUAACGGAACAAAUGGUCUGUGGAGGCAGUGGUGGAAACAGUGUCGAAAAUAACUGUAGCUCAGACAGUGGAGGACCGUUAAUGUGCCCAACUGCAGAUGGUCGAUGGGUGCUACAAGGUGUUGUCUCAUUUGGUGACUCAAGAUGCUCUGCAGGAAAAUAUACUGUCUAUGCACGUGUCAGCAAAUUCAGAAACUGGAUAAAGCAACACACUGGCAUAUAACAGAAAGAUAGCAAUACCAUCAAUCUAUUGAUAAAAUUCUGUCACAUGAAAGUUAAGUGAAUAAAAGUGCUAAACACGAA